GUAAAGGUUCUGUAACUAAAAAGUUAGUGAGCUAAACGCAUUCGCGUCAGUUUAGUGCGCCCAGGCCGAACGUAAAUUACAAGCAUACGCGCAGUCCUACAGCGUUCACCAACACAAGUGCACACGCCUAUAUACUUAGAUACAUACACGCUCAAGUACUGAUACGCUUGGCGCUUAGCUUACUAGCUAAGUGAGCGCACGCAAGUGGACUUGCGGAUAUAAAAUUUUACGCAAGAAACGGAAUACUUUUUCGCCACACAACAAAUUUAGACGCGCAACAAAACGGAAGGAACUCGGAAAGCAAAACAAACGCUCCCGAGAAAGUCCAAAACUUCAAGCAAUUGUGAUCUAAUUAAACGGUUAUAUAAAUCAAUAUUAGACAAUCGUCGGUGAAACAACCAGAAUUGAACUCAACUAAAUCCAAAGCAAAGGAUACAAACAUUGAACGACGUAUCAAGUGAAUUUACUAAAAAAAAUAAAAAAAUAAAUAGUGAAAAAUUAUUUUAAAAAAGUGCGCCCAGAAACAUUUAUCCUCGGCCACAUUGAACUUGAAUGACAAAAAUGGAACACAAAUUGCCAAAAUAUUUCAACAAAAUUUUGCUCAUUACGUAGUGCAACCCAUACAUAGUACAGUUUUAUUUAAAUUUAUGAAAAAUAUAUCUACACAAAUAUAAACAUAAAACGCAAAUAGUAAAGUAAACUUCCCAAAUAGUCAAACUUAAGGGAAAGUACAAGCAAAAGCAAAACUUAGAGAAGACGGUUCUUAACAGCAAAAAGUAAAAACAAAAACAACAUAACAUUACAAUUACAUCUACAACUAAAAGAAAACAAUUGCAAUCAGUUGGAGAAACAUAAUUAAUUUCAAAAUAAUAGCCGUCACAGUAACAAGAACAAUAACAACAGCAUAUCCAUAAGAGUGAAGGCAAGUCUUUGGGGACGCUCUCAACAGCGCCAACGCAACACCCAUACGUACACGGACACGGAAGCGGACACAGUCAAGCCAGUCGCAAAAAUGGACGAAACACAGCAUUUCUGUUUGCGCUGGAACAACUACCAAAGCAGCAUAACGUCGGCGUUUGAGAAUCUGCGCGACGACGAAGAUUUCGUCGAUGUGACACUGGCGUGCGAGGGGCGCAGCAUCAAAGCGCAUCGCGUCGUCCUGUCGGCGUGCAGCCCAUAUUUUCGCGAUUUACUCAAGAGUACACCUUGCAAGCAUCCAGUGAUCCUGCUCCAGGAUGUCAACUUUCUCGAUCUACACUCGUUGGUGGAAUUCAUUUAUCACGGUGAGGUUAACGUGCAUCAAAAGUCUUUGCAGUCCUUCCUUAAGACGGCAGAGGUACUUCGAGUCUCGGGUCUCACACAACAGCAGGCCGAGGAAACCCAUAGUCAAUUAGCUCAAAUACAAAAUCUGGCGAAUGCCGCUAAUGCCACACGCACUCCACUUAACUCACACCACACAUUGCUCGAUGAGCCGCCGCUAUACCCACGCAACAGCGGCUCACCACCGCCACCCCCACCAUCCCAACAGCUGCCAUUGGCAUCCACACACAUCAACAGCCAGUUGUUUAAGCGCAGCAUGGCCAUGCUACGUCGCGAGAGGAACAACUCCACACCAUCGGCCGAGGACUCGAAUAAUGCCAUGAAACGUCUGCGUGGACCGGACAACGGCUUGCCGUCUAGCAACAACAAUAGUCCCGAAAUUGUACAUCAACGCAGCGCAUCACCGCAAUUGACACCGGCUGAUUUCUCUACCAUAAAGCACAAUAAUAACAACACACCGCCGCUGAAGGAAGACAAACGUAAUGGACCAACUGGUAAUAACGGCAAUAGUGGCAAUGGCAACUCGGACACUGGCAAUGGAAACGGUAUCGCAAAUAAUGACAAAGUGAGCGGUAGCUUAACAUCCUCGCCGCUAACACGCACCGUCGACGAUGUCAAAUCGGAACCCAUGGAACUGGUAUGCUCGAAUAACAAUCCGACAGUAGUCGAUGAGCACAGUAACGACUCGACUGGUGAGCAUGAAGCGAACCGAUCUAGCAGCGGUGAUGGCGGCAAAGGUUCUUUGAGUUCGGGAAACGAUGAGGAGAUUGAUAACAAUAUGCCAACACAUCCUCCACCCCCAUAUCUGAUGUCACCGGCAGAGAGCAAAUUAUUUUCACCGGCCGCCUUCAAUUUUCCCAUGAGCGGUCUAGAUCCUGCCACGUUAGCUGGUUUUAACUCGCAACUACAGUCAGCCGCCGAAAUAUCAGUUUCUCCGCAAGGUGCACACACAGCCAUCCGCUCAGCAGCCACGUCCCCCACCAGUACGGCCUCAUCGCCACCGUCACCGCCUACAGCGCUUACCUCGCCGUCGCCCUCUUCACUGAGCUCACUAGCAUGCAACGGCGGCGUUGGUAUCGGCAGCGGCGUCGGCGGAAACCUCUUCAACAUGCACAGCUCAUCGCCGCCACGUCCCGGUAGCGGCGGCAACAUCACGCCCAACGGCACAGCCAGCGGCAGCACUCUGCCUGCAACGCCCACUUUGACUAGCACACCACCACAAAUGCCACUGCGCAUGCCGCCACCCACCAGCGGCGGCAUCAACGAGCCGCAGGAGUGUCCCUACUGCCGGCGCACCUUUUCGUGCUACUACUCGCUGAAGCGGCACUUCCAGGACAAGCACGAACAGUCCGACACACUGUAUGUCUGUGAGUUUUGCCACAGACGCUAUCGCACCAAGAACUCGCUCACCACACACAAGAGCCUGCAACAUCGCGGCUCAAGCGGCAUGCUAAAGCGCCUACUGAAGACGUCCGCCAUCAAGAAUGUGCUCGUGCCACCACACCAUCAUCAUCACCACCAUCUGACGCAUCCGCGCACCAGUCUCUUUGACUUCACCAGCGAGCUGGGACAGCCACCGCCGGGCAUUCAAUAGGAUUUCAGAUGGAAUGCGAUUUUCUAGAGGACCCACUAAAUUAACCCGCGUGGGCGCGCAGUCGGCUAUCGGAUUUAUGUAAACUCAUACAUACAUACAUAUUUACAAUUCUACUUUUGCAGAGGCGAGCAUACUAAUUUACUUAUUUUGAUUAUUGUACUUGUAAUUGAGUAAUGCUUGGACAUUGCUGCAUGUAAUUUGGAAUCAGUUUGGUCCAUUUUAUUUCACAAACUGCCCACACACAUAUACACAUACAAACAUGCGAAUGCAUGUGGAACGCGGCUAAGAGCGCGGUCACAGCGCCGCGCAAGUGCAAUACAUAACGGAAGCGAAGAUAGGGCGGCAAAUCGCUGUAAACUGGCUUCAAAUGCAAUAAGAAAACAACACACACACAGCAAGAUAUUUGUACAGAAGUGCAACAAUGGAGGAGGAGUUGCAUAAGUAUAAGCGAACGGAUCAUUGUAAAUAAACACACACACACAUAUAUAUGCAGUUUUAAGCAAAUAUUUAGUGGUAUUGAGAACGUCUAAUUUCUAUUAAUGUAGCUACAUGUAAUCCUAGUUUACUUAUAAUUACCGUUAGAUUAAUUAUUAUGAAUUAUUUACUUACUGCAAAGCUAAGAUGCAUUGAAACCAUACUUGUACGAUAGUUCUUGGCCAAAUUGGAAAGAGAAUGAAGGACUUAAAUAGUGAGUACGGCCACCACAUAGCUGGCACGAGGCGAAUACAGCGGCGGGGGGUUGGCAAUUGCUUUCCCCUUAUCAUACUUGUACAUAUCAUGGCGUAUACGUAAAGUUAGCAACUUACCUUUCGGAUCUUAUCUAGCAAAAUUGAAACUGAUUAGCAGAAAUCAAGCGAAAAAAGCAAAAUAAAUCAACGCACAAUUCCCAACGCCCCUGCUGGUGCACGUCUCUGCCUUCAUAUGGAGAGGGCCGUGGAGCAAAUAGUUUAUUGUGCAACAUAGAGUUUAGUGAUCGGUUUCUUGUGUUUCGCUAUUUACAUUUACUAAUUUUGAAUUCGUUUCGAAGGCGCGACAAAAUCUCUGAAAAUCAAAUGUAUUCCAAUUGAACAAAAACAAAAUCUAAAAUCAAUUAAUUAAACUGAGUAAUUGUUAGAAAGUCUGGUGAAGUGUUAAGAUGUGUUUAGCAAAAAGAAUAAGAGAAAACCAUUUGGAAAUAGAUACGCAGAUCAGCACAAGAAACUGGCAGCGAUUGGUGAUUUUAAUUAGGCGUAAUUUGGUGCCAACACGGUUUCAGCCGUUUGCAUUUUUUAAUUAAUUAUGAUAAUAAAGUAAAUAUAGGGCGAAGAGGCGGAGGACCAAUUUGUACUAAAAUCGCAUAGUUUAUUGCGUUCAUUGCAAAUCUGGAUACUUACAUAUGUAGUAUAUUGUAUGUACAUACAAAAAUUUAUACAUAAUUACAUACAUACAUACAUAAUUAAAUGCAUUAAUUAAACUUAAUUAUAUAUAAAUGUAAAAUGAACUUUAUCAGGGAUUAAUAUCAGUAGAAUGUUCUUUUUUCUAUCCAAUUAAAUAUAUUAAAUCAAUGAAGAAGCAAAAACAAAAACAUAAAACAACAAUAUAAAGAAAAGAAAAACAAACGUAGCAUUACAUUUAAGCAUACAAAUUUAAACCCUAAAAUGGAAUCUAAGAAAUUUAUUGCAACUUACAAACAUAUGUAUAUGUAUACAAUACACACGCAAACACGCAUACAAAUCUAACUGUAAGUGACCAAUUAUACACACACACACACAUAUAUAUAUAUAUGAAAGACGCAGGCAUAUAUUUAGGCAAAAUGCACAACAACAAACUCAGUGAUUUUCACCAGUGAAGUACAAAUUACUUGAAAUUUAUACAAACAAAGGAAAAUGAAAUGCAAAUAAAAAGUAAGAAAUAUUAAAAUAUAUAAAAAAGUAAAUAAAAUAGAUUUGCACAACUGUUUUGGAAGCUUAGAUUUGUAAUUGCAUAAAAUAUGUACAAACACACAUUUACAAAGUAGAAGAAAAACACACUUGCAACCCUAAGCAGUUUGAAAAACGUCAAGAAAUUCAGUACGAAAAACCUCAAAAACCUCAAGGUUUUCAUUUUCACCAAUGGAAAUCGCACAAUUUUCACAGCGAAAGUGUGGCAAUUGUAGAAAAAAAGUUUUAAAAGUAAAAAAACAAAAAAAAAAAAACGUAUUUUUCUAAAUGUACAUUAAAAGGGUUAUCGCUCAAAGUAGAACACAAUUUUAUUAACUAUGUAAGCGUGUAAAUAUCAAAGCAAACUUAAAACAAGUAAUUAUAUGCCAAGGAAACUAUAAGUUGAAACAUAUUUAAAGUUCACGAAUUAAAUUUAGAAGAGAACAACAAAACAGGAACAUGUAAUUUUAGCAUUUAAAAAACAAAAAUAACACUUCGCCAGUAUCAAGCGCGCCGACUUGGCAGCGCCACUGUCGAAUUGCUAUUUUGCGCAUAUCCGUAAAUUGACUCAGGAAAUAUUACUUAUAAAUUAUAAAUUAUAAACUAACAAAUAAAUAUGUAUUUCUAAACAGACAGAACAAAAACAAGGCAUAAAUGUAACAGAAGCAGGCUUUUAAGCGCAAACAGACAGCUUAAGACGCUAGCAACAAGAGCGCUUGUAGCACAAGAGCAGAUUCACGGCGAAAGUCACACCACAAGCAGCCAAUGUUGCGCACCCAACUAAUCAAACCGUGCCCGGCAAAAGUCAAAAUAUGUAGAUUAAUAAACAAGCGCGCAUUGUACAGUUAGUGGCGGACUUUCGUGCAAAUUGCACGGUUCGGUGACUUAACACAGAUCCUGUAGGGUUUCCUUUGGCCAGCGCAUAAGUGCCAACUAGCGCCAAGUGCGCCGGCACAGUUGCCGCUGAGUUUCAAUACUUCGCAAAGCAAGCCAAGAGCGUUUCCAUCACGUGACUCAGCUAACAGCUAUCGACUCAGGGCUAAUGAAUGUUUCAAAGUUUAAGCGCGUAUGUAGACAUGUAGUUGCAUAGGCGCCAUGUAGGUUACGUGUAUGUGUCUAGCUGUAGACGACAGAGUUUCCUUAAAUUGUAGUUGUAUAAUUUAUUUUUAAUGAUUUUUAACUAAUUUUAAUUUUGUUUUGUUUUUGUCUAUUGUACUCUUUAAUACUUAAUGAAUUCGUAUUUUUCGUAAGUGUAGUUUAAAACAAAAAUAUGAAAAAAUACAAAAAAAAAAAAUAAUAAAAAAAUAACGCCGUGUGUUGGUAUUCAUGCGCGAUAAUUUAUUAAUUUUUUUUUUUUAUCAAAAUUUUAAACAUUUAAAAUUAAAAAACAUACAACAAACUGUGAUCUAUUUUCUCUCAAAUUUACAUACAAAAUUCUUGUUUGGCUGUUAACUAUUUUUACACAAAAUAAGAGUAUUCAAAUAAUACUAUGAGUUAAGCAAAUACUUUUUUGUACAAAAUUUAUGUUUAGGCCUCACGUGCAAAUUUAUAUGAUUUUAUUUAUGUAUAUUUUUUAAUUUUUGGUGCGACUCAAAUCAUCUAAAUUUAUACACACCCACACACAUACAAAGAAUACAAACACAAUUACAAAUUAUAAUUAGUUUGUACAUAAGUUAAAAGAGUGUAUUGUAUUUAUUUUAUUGCUUUAAUAUAUAUACAUAUUAUAACCAUUACA